AUGGCUACACCACGGCUGGAAGACCUCUUAGCUGAGGUUCUGCCUCUGGGCAUCCAGCUCAACGUCCGUCACAUCUCCACAACACCAACACGGUGCGAGGCGAUCUUCUCCGCGCCGCCUGGCCAGGACCCCGAACUCACCUACUGCGAGUCUCAUUUCUUGAUUGUGACCGUCAACAAGAAUCACAGCGAAGAUAUUGUUGAUGAUGAGAUAGCGAUUCUGGGUGUGGAGGUUUAUGUCUAUACGACUGACCGCCUUACAACGCUGUUUGUGUCCAAGGCAGAUUCAACUGGAUACGUGCAUUUGUCGACUUCCCGCCAAACAACUGCGCCCAAGAUUUCGUUGUUGAGGUCGUUGACUACUACUUUUAUAUCUUUUUUGGCGCGUUCGUAUCAGAGGCCGGGCGUGAGGUUGGUUCUCUCGCUGUUCGCGCGAGCGCAGAAUCAGUAUCUUUUCCCCGGCAGUGUGGAUAACGAGCGGAAACAUGUCUUGGAUGAUCGGGGAUUGAUUAAGUGGUGGUGCCGGGCUGCUGAUCCGUUACUUCGUGAGCAUACUGCCGAGUCUCGACAGCAGCAGCAAGAGACCAAAGAGAACGGGAAUAUGGAAAGUGUGAAAAGCUCUGCGACUGCAUAUCUACUCGUGCCCGGAUGUGAUCAAUACGAGAGUCGCGCGUUCUUCCCACCUACAGCACGAUCGGAUGAUAAUCAAAAUCAUCCCAGAUGGCGCGUGUCGUAUCCUCUGAGUCAGAUAUGUAGUCACCCGGACGCGCCGCCGAGAUGUCUUGUUCCACGGUUUCCGGAUGAUCCCAAGGCGCGGUUUUUGGAUGACUUGGAUGAUGAGUUGUCUACCACUUCAAAGGCCGGUUCUGAGACAGACAAACCCGGUCAUUGGCGAAGUGUUAGAUCGUUGGAACAGUUUUGGGAGAUGAUGUCUUUUCGACAGGAGUGCUCUGCGGGUAGACUCGUUGGGUUUUUGUGGCUGGUUAUCAAUCCGCCUGGGUUGCUCAGUUCGGAUAAACUGGUGAGUCAGGGCGCAACAGAAGUGGCUCCUGAUACGAAAGAGAAGAUACAAUCCGAGGGGGACAAAAUCGCUGCUGCUACAACUUCCGCAGAAGCGAAAUUUGACGACAGAUCAUUACCCCCUUUACAACAUGAGAAACCCCAACCAUCUACAGGUGCAUCGGAGGCUAAAAGCAGUGCUUUCUACUGGCCUGAAAUAGGCAGAGGAGAAAUUAUAUUGAGCGAGGAAGAUUACAAACUUGCAAAUGACGUGCUACUAGAUCAAGAUUUUGAGACAGAAGAACUCGCUAUGAAGGGCACCAUGGCCUGGAUUCGUAAAGUGGCAUCGGUUGCAGAUGUUCUCUGGUGGGGAGUCAAGGUUACUGGCAGAAGGCAAAUACUCGAAACAACACAACCAGCAGUUCCGACGCAGACGAUCGGUUCAGGGCUUAUUGUUCGGAAACGGAAGAAGGGGGUUGAACCUACGACGACAACCAGUGUCGAAGCUGAAGCUGAGCAAACAAGCAAUGCAGACAAACCGGUGGAAAAUCCCAAAGAAGGAGGGGUUAAUGUUCUAAAUGCUAGUUUUGUCCGAAAAAAGAAAAAGACAUAA